AUGCAUGACUUAGCGUUUUCAUACAUAUUUUCAUAUAAGAUCCGUAUAUUGUUAAGAAUAACUUUUCCCCAAAAAACAUCUCUCCAAAUAAUUUCGAAGUGUGUAUUUAUAAAACAAUAUUGAAUUUAUAAAGAAAAAGUUAAGGUAGCAAUUUCAUUACCAAAAAUGAAGUUACCACUGUAUAUCUAAACGUAUAUUAAAAAAUCAUAAUAGUAAUGCUUGUUUUUCAGUACCAAUUGUGGCUGCAUGUAUCGCUGCUUUCAUCUGCUCGGCAGGUUUUGUAAUACUUAUCGUUAUAAUUUGCAGAAGGCAUCGGUCUUUUAAAGAAAAAAGAAACAAUCAAUCAAAUGAAGUCACAAUGUCUGACUUAGACCCUAACACAGGACAAAGUGAGUGUGAUACUAACACUUACGAAAUACCUGACCAAAAUGUUUAUGAAGGUCUAGAAAGGCAAGACAAUGUUUCAUCGAGUGAAAUGUACCAGCAUCUGUAUACAGAAACUAAGAAUCCAGAUUGCGAAAGGCAUCGGUCUGUUAAAGAAAAAAUAAACAAUCAAUCUAAUGAGGUCGCAGUGUCUGACUUAGAACCGAACACAGAACAAACCGAGUAUGAUACUAACACUUAUGAAAUACCUGACCAAAAUGUUUAUGAAGGUCUAGAUAGGCAAGACAAUGCUAAAUCGGAUGAAACGUACCAGCAUGUGUAUACAGAAACCCAAAAUCUAAAUUGCGAAAUCAAAACGCAAAACCUUAGUAACCAACAGUCGGACACAAACAUUUUGGAAAAAGAGCAUUACAAUACGCCUGAUAAGGAUAGUAUUUGUUACAGCAUACAUCGUGAGAACUCGUCAAAUGAAUAUGAAAGUUAUAAAGCUAACGCAACUGAUCAGAUGUACGAAACACUACAAAAAGACAACUGA